UCAGCUGCAGGUGACAGCGGACAGAAGGACACUGGUGGUUUUUGACACCAGUGAGGGUGAAGCCUAUUCACUGUCACCAGUAGUUUCUUUUUGCUCAUCAGUGGUCACAUAUUGCACCAGGCUGCAAACAUCCUCUGCAAAAGUCUCCACCACCAUGGCUAUUACCGACGUUCUGGCUGCCUCAGACAUCACUUCGGCUAUUAAUGCUUGUAAAGGGAAGGAUUCCUUCAGCCCGAAGAUGUUUUUCAAAACAGUGGGUUUAUCCAAGAAAACUCCAACAGAGAUCGAGAGGGUCUUUAAGAUUUUGGACCAAGACAAAAGCGGCUUCAUAGAACAGGAUGAGUUACAACUGUUCCUGCAGAACUUCUCCAUAGGAGCGAGACUCCUGACUGCAGCUGAGACCAGAGCUUUCCUGCUGGAGGGAGACUCGGAUGGAGACGGGAAGAUCGGCUGGGAAGAGUUUUCUGCAUUGGUUAAGUCUUCUUAAGUCAUGAGUGACCCCUGAUAUGUUGUACGGUGAUCAUCUCAAAGUGGACCUCUUUGUAAAAUAUUAAUAGCUACAGUAAACAACAUCGACUCAUCCAGGGAUCGUUUGUGUUUAGAGUAAUUUGAUAUGUUGUCUUUUUAACUGAAAGUUAUGUGAUAAAGUAUUUCAUAUAAACCACAAAUUGAAUCUUGCCUCUCGGCUAUGUGUCUA